AGCCUUAAACAUGUUUGAUUCCUCUCUCCCAACCUCCAACACCAACAAAUACCAACAAUAUUAACAAGCAAAUAGAGCCUAAAUUAAACUUAGAGGAGGAAGUCAUGAAGAUUGAUGCAUUUGAUGAAGUUGUGAUAAUGAAGAGGUCAGUGAAGGAGAUUAAUUUUGGGGGUUUGGAGGAGAAGAAGAAGGCUGCGAUGGAGAUCAAGAGAUUGGCGAAGGGUGACGAUAAGACGAGGAGGGCGCUGGCCGAGCUCGGGGUGAUACCGCCAUUGGUGGCGAUGGCGGUCGAGUCGGAGGUUGAUGCUUGUAAGAUGUUGGCUGUUGAGGCCUUGGUUGAGUUGGCUAAUGGUUCUUUCAGGAACAAGAAGCUGAUAGUGGAAGCAGGACUCCUAAAAAAAUUGCCUCGACUAAUUCACACCCAGUCCCUCAUAUCCAAUCAUCAAUUCACUCACCUCCUAUUCUCAAUCUCUUCCCUAGCAAAAACUCCAUUUCCUCUCUCAUCAUUCCACAUCCUCCCUUUCCUCCUCAAAAUCCUAGACUCAAAAGAAAACGAUGACGAAACAAAGCUAACAUGCCUCUCAACUCUACAUAACCUAUCAGCAAAGCUAGAAAACGUCAAGCACAUCGCCACACCCAACACGGUACAAGCUCUCUUAACCUCGUCAUCGAACAAAGCAGUAUCAGAGCAAGCGUUAGCAACACUUAGUAAUUUAAUAGCCACCACAAUUGGCAAAAAGGCAAUUGGAGAUGAUCCCUUGGUCCCUAAAAUCUUCAUCGAUGUAUUGACAUGGGAUGAUAAGCCAAAAUGCCAAGAACUCUCAGUGUAUUUGCUUAUGACCAUUGCGCAUAAAUGCAUAAUGGAAAGACAAAAGAUGAUAAGCCUAGGGAUCGUGCCCGUGCUUCUUGAAUUAGCUUUGUUAGGGAGCUCGCUAGCGCGAAAAAGAGCGCUUAAGUUGUUGGAGUGGCUCAAGCAUGAGGAAGAUAAGAGAAUUGGAGUGCAUUCAGGACCUCAAGCGCGAAGGCUUGAGAUAUUGAGCGGUUGUGUUGAUGAAGGGGAAAUAGAAGAGAACAAAAGAAAUGUGAAGAAAUUAGUGAAGCAAAGUCUCGAUAAAAAUAUGGAAUUGAUUAUGAGGAGAGCUAAGGGGGCUGAGGGUUGCUCCGGUGUUAAGGUUUUGGUGGCAACGUCUAGCUCGAAGAGCUUGCCUUAUUGAUUUUUUUUUCGUUUGUUUGUUUGUUUUUUUUUCUGUAUAUAAUUGAUG